GAAAACCAAGAGUAUGCCUGCUGAUUCUGUAGAAGCAGGUAUACCUGAGGAUAAUCAUGGAAGAAAUGGGGUAACCACAGGUACAGUGGCCAACAAGCAAGAAUUGAAGAAUGGUGGUGUUAACUGCCCCUCUGAUAUCUCAGGGUUGAAGAGAAAAUUUCAGGAUGAGGAUUCAUGCACUUUGUUGACUAAAGAUGCUCAUUCGCAGGCAAAACUUGAAGAUUUCAAAGAAGUUCUAUCGAAAGAAGCUUCUUCAGGUCUGCGAUCAUGUGGUUGGACGGAAGAAGUUCAUCGUUGGAUGUGGUCUAGGAAGAAGGUGUGUUCUCGAGAAGCAAGCGAUAUGGCAACAAAUGGCUCUGAAUUAAACUACAGGGCUUUAGGAACUUGUGUGGUGGAGUUGCUCACCUUUUAAAUAGGUGUUUGUUGGGCUGUAAACGAACUGAUCUGUGCCAAGUAGUGCUCUGUUUGAGCUUGGCUUGGUCCAUUUAGGGAUGUUUGAGUUUGAUCAACCUUAUUUGAGCUGAACUAGUCAGGUUUCAAACUAGUUCAACCUCAUCUCGGCUUGGUUACGCUUCAAUCCCUUAGUAUUUGCGGUUGUCACCAACUACGUUACACGGACUCUUCGUUUUUUGGGAGGUACCCAUGUCGACACGACAUGACACGACAUGGGUACGGGUGCGGGAUACGGCCGGGAUACGGCUUUGUACAAAUGGAUACGGGAGAAGAAACGAAAGAGAAGAGAGUAAGGAGAGAACCUGUCGUUGACUUCGAAAAGGCAAGACAUCGAUCCCUCUUUCGCCGACUUUGAU